AUGGAUGAACUCGACUUUCUUCGCUCCGUCUUACCGCUUGACCACGAUCAAUCAAGAUUAUCCGUAAAAGAAGGAUUCUGGACCACAGUGACAUUUGCACAAUCGCUUAAUGGAUGCAUUGCUGGUCCCAAUGGCACACAGCUCAUUCUCAGCGGGAAACAGAGCAUGAUUAUGACACACUGGAUGCGAUCUAUGCACGACGCAAUCCUCGUUGGUAUCAAUACCGUCCUGAACGAUGACCCACAACUCAAUACUCGUCAUCUGCCGCCUCGCGAGGGCGGAUAUCAACUGCCACUGCCCAUCGUUCUUGACACCCAUCUCCGGAUGCCACUCGACUGCAAGCUCAUUCGCAACGCUUCCAGUGGAAUCGGCAAGUACCCUCUCGUAUUCUGUACGCAAGCUCUUCAAGACGACAUUCGCAAGCGAACAUUGCAAGACCUCGGGGUCAAAGUGAUCCCCGUCGAGCUGGGUUCUGAUGGCAGGAUACCCAUGUCGACCGUCGUCGAAACGUUGCGACAACUAGGCUUGCAUUCAUUAAUGGUCGAAGGCGGCGCGAGCGUUCUCUCAUCCUGCUUAUCCUCGGCAAGAGAUAAACUACGUAUAGACCGGAUCAUCGUCACGAUAGCCAACUGCGUUGCCCCAGGAAACGGCACACACUAUGACAUUAGUGCGCAAAUGACGAGACUGUCGCUUCAUACAGUGACAACGCUCGGAGGCGAUAUUGUCGCAGCGUAUGAUCUACCGGGAAAUUCAUAG